AUUUAUAUCGACACAAUGACCUCCUCCAGGAAUGUUUGCCUUUUUCUGGCCGUGCUCAUCGCCUACGAUUCGCUGGCUCCGAGCCAAGCCUUUGAGCUCUCGCCGACGAUGAAAAAGCAAGUAGCAAAGCUUAAGGAUCGCUGCAUUAAACAGACAGGAGCAUCCGCAGAACGAAUGCUCCAGGCGAAGAAAGACCAGGUAUUGCCCGAUGAUCCGGCCUUCAAAUGCUUUCUGCACUGCAUGUUUGACAUGUUAGGACUGAUCGACAGCCACAACGUAAUGCAAUUGGAGUCUCUGAUCGAAGUCUUGCCUGAAGAGAUUCACCCCGAGAUCAACGACAACUGCGGCACCCAAAAGGGAAUUGAUGGCUGCGACACGGCUUUUCUAACCGUCAAGUGCUAUCUCAGUGUGAACAAAGAUUUCAUCACGGAGCAGAUAAUGAAUUCAAUGCAAUAGAAGUUCUCACACACCUGUAGAGGUCGCGAUCCACAAUCCCCAGAAGGAGCAAACAGCGCAGG